AAAUGUUUUGGCGUCUGUGACAACAUUGUACAUUCUGGAAUUUAAUCCAGAUUAAUAUGAGAAUUAAUCAAUUUAAAAUAAAUAAAACAUACUAAUAAUCAUGGUUAGAAGUAAGUGAUAUAUGUAACUCCUUCUUUAUUUAAUGCGCUAUCAAAGCAUUUGCUAUGCUAUAAAUUAAUAUGUCAUGGCAUGCUAAUCAGUGCCGAAAAGACAAAACUCUGAUGACAACACCACAGGCAUCACCACUGAAAUUAAGGUCGGGGAGAAAAGACUAGAGACUGUAGGCCGCUUCAAAUACCUAGGAGCUAUAGUCUCAGAAGAAGGUUCCAAGCCCGAGCUGAUGUCCAGGAUUGCACAGACUACAACAGCACUAAUUAUUAAUUUAUCGCAUAGCAAAGAGGCUCAAGAAAAUAUGGAAGGACAAAAAUAAAUAUAGCCCCCAGCACCAAAAUUAUUUGAAAGGAAAAUAAAGGCGAUGGAGAUGAGAGACUUCAGAAACAUUUUUGGCAUCUGUUAUAGGGACCAUAUCUCCAAUAAUACAGGGAAAGAAAGGGUUCGCCAGGCAAUUGGGGAGUACGAUGACCUACUGGUGACUGUGAAAAAACGCAAACUACAAUGGUAUGUUACGGACACGUAACAAGGAAACAAGGGCUUGACAAAGAAAUAUUGCAGGGCACCACAAGAGGAGGGAGAAGAAGAAGAAGACAAAAAAAAAGAUGGGAGGAUAACAUCAAAGAGUUGACAGGACUAACACUGGGCGUUGCUGUGCGUAGUGCAGAAGACAGAGACAAAUGGAGGAGGAUAGGUCACAUGUCAUAUGUGGCACCCCAACGGUCCAAGGACUAAGGGACAUGAUGAUGAUGAUGAAUAUGUCACGAUGUGUUUUAAAUAUACCAUUCUGAUACUAGUUGUUAUGCUAAUAAGACUAAUACUAUUACUAUGAUUUAUGAUAAAUAACUAUGUCAUACUAACUACUAUUUGACUAUCUCAGUAUCUGCAGUAUUUUGUCAUUGACAGUAUUGAAAAUUUGUAGGGAACUGUAGAGUAUACGUACUAUACUGGCUAUACUGAACCGAGGGUAAUCGAAUGUUGGAUCUAACUAUUGUGGGAAAUCUUGUUGUUUAAUCAUUUACACCUAGAAGAUUGACAUUGAAAAGGAUAGGCCCGACACUAUUUUAUUUUAUUAUUUCUUUAUCUACAGACAGGGUAAAUAAAAUUGAACGAAUCAUAUCUAUGUGGGUUUUAUCGUACCUAUUGUUCAUUAAAUAAAAAAUUUAAUGGUCUGGUAAUUCCAAUUCAUUAUGAAUGUGCAAGUACUAAAUGUUUUAAAGUGGUUACUUUUUAUAUACAAAUUUACAGUAACUGAAGAUCUAGUUCGCAAAAGAGCAGAACACAAUGAAUGCCAGAUUUCAACUCUAGAGGAAAUUUCAUUGCAUCAGCAAGAUAUAGAGAGGUUAGAAGAAUUUUAAAUACAUUUAUUUUUAUGAUGUUUUGUUUAAAAAUGAACUUUUUUAGAAAUAAUAAAUACCUUAUUGCUUAUUGUUUUUAAAAUUUGAUUCACAGUUACUGUUAAUUCCCAUGGCAAUUACACAAACAAAAGAGUUAUCAGUGGACAAUAUUGCAACCAUUACAAUUUAUUGGAAAACAUAGCGACAUAUUUUUUUUUAUAAGGAGGCAAAUAGCUAAUAAUUGAAGAUAGAAAAAAAUUAAAGCAAACAGUAAACCAAGCCGAAACAAGAAAACAUAAACAACAAACCAAACAAGAAUAUCACUCAGUUUCAAAAGAGCUGACGAAAAUGCUUAGAAAUGAUAAGCAAACACUUUGUAAUAAUCUAGUUGAACAAGCAGAAGAAGCAGCAGGAAAUGGAGAUACCAAACAGUUUUAUAAAAUCACUAAACUCUUGUGUGGCAAGUAAGCUAACUACAACGUACAAGUACGGGACAAACAAGAUGAACCACUUUCUCCCAUAGACGACCAACUUGAAAGAUGUAAAGAAUGUGAAUGUAAUAACCAUCAUCAAAAACCUUUAUGAUGAUGUUACCUGCCAUGUGGUACAUAAUGGCAGACUGUCCGAGGAAUUUCUUGUUACAACUGGAGUAAAGCAAGGUUGUCUUCUUUUGCCACUACUAUUCCUCCUCACAAAAGUAGACUACGCAAAUUUAGGAAAAGGUAUCCAGUGGACUCUAACAUAAAAAUUAGAAGACUUGAAAUUUGCAGACAAUAUAGCCAUGCUAUGUCAAAGAGUACAAGACAUGCAAGAGAAUAGCAUAGCUUUGAAUAAUUCUGGGAAAAGAGUGGGCUUAAAAUAAACCACCAAAAAAUAAAAAUACUAAAAAUAAACCACAAACAAUAUUAUGGCAAUAUAAAAAUAGAGAAACAAAACAUAGAUGCAGUAGAUAUCUUCAUUUACCUUGGGGGUGUGGUUAAUGUGUCUGAAGCAACAGACAAAGACAUAAAAUGCAGAAUAAAUUUAGCAUGACAGGCAUUUGCCCAACUAAAAUCAGUCUUGAAAUCAUCCUACAUCUUUACCAUAAAAUCUGAAAGCAGUCCUUUUGUAUGGGUCUGAAACAUAAAGAACAACAUAAAAGUACAACAAACAGAACCCAGACCUUCAUAAACAUAUGCCUGAGAAACAUAUUUAAUAUAAUGUUACAAUAAGGUUAAAAACAUCAAGUUUUGGGAGAUGUGUGGACAGAAAACAUCAAGUUGUGGGAGAUGUGUGGACAGAAAACAUCAAGUUGUGGGAGAAGCAUGGACAGAAAACAUCAAGUUGUGGGAGAUGUGUGGACAGCAAACAUUAAGUUGUGGGAGAUGUGUGGACUGAAAACAUCAAGUUGUGGGAGAUGUGUGGACUGAAAACAUCAAGUUGGGGUAGAUGUGUGGGUUGGGGUAGAUGUGUGGAUAGAAAACAUCAAGUUGUGUGAAAUAUGUGGAGAAAAAGUAAUAGAGAAAGAAAUCCUGGAAAGAAAAUGGAGAUGGAUACAACAUGUACCCAGGAAAGACACCAACAACAGAGCUAGACAGUUCCUAGAGUGAACCCCCCCCCCCGGGCAACCGAUUCAGAGGAAGACUCAAUAGAACAUGGAGGCACAGUGUGCUGGAUGAGAAGAACUAUAAAUACUGGCGAGAGACUGAAGGAAAACGAUGAUGAUAUUGCAAAGACAUUAAUAAUGAAAAUAACAUUUAUGUUUUUUUGUGAUUUAAAAGAUAAGGGUUACUUAUUUUUUAAUGCCAAUGAGUGCUGAUUUACAUAUGCUAAAAAUUAUCAAAUGUCAAUUUGUUCAGAUUGAGAUUGUUGAUACCCAUUGAGUUAAUUAAUUAUUAAUCCUAAGUUUGUUGCUUGUGCUGAUAAGGGGCUUUGCCCUAAGUAUAUAUAUAUAUAUAUAUAUAAACAAAACAAUUCUCUGUUACUAAUAAAAUAUAUUACAUGCAGUAAUUGUAAGUUGUUAUCAAACUAAAAAAAAUUCUUUCAAUUUUCUCCCAGGCUAGAAUAUUUAGACAAGUGGUGCAGAGACUUAAAGAUACUAUACCUUCAAAGCAAUCUUAUUCCUAAAAUCGGUGAGAUGCUAAAUAAUAUGUCUCUGUAACCAUCCCCUGCACUUUUUUUUUUACUAGUUAAGGAGACAUUUAAAGUCUAAAAAAGGUAUAAUUACGUUGGGCACAUUCAAGCUAACAAUUAAAUCUUAUUAGGGAAAUAUUUACACUGGUCACAUGUUUGGGAUUUAAACUCAAAAGCUCAAUAGACUUACCUUAAAAUCUAUGUUAAUGUUGAAAUCUGGUGAAAAAGAAAUCAAACAAGGCCAUUGAAAUUUGUAGGGGGAUGUAGGUCACAAGGUCAUAUUCUCACGUAUUGUCUUUAAAAUUAUGUAUAAAUGAAUCUUGAAAGAAAGGAGUUUAUUACAAGGCCUUCUGACAUUUCACUAUUGGUGUCAUCUUUGUCAUUACUGCUCUCCAUUUAAAUUUAAAUUUUUAAAUUUAUGUUUGACCCCAGGAAUUAUUUGUGAUCUUCACAUUUUUUGAAAUUAUAAUGCAUGACUACUUACAUAUUAAUAUUAGAUUUAAUUUUCCAAGAAAUUACCUUAAAUGUCAUAUUAUGAAUUUACAAUGAUAUAAAUAAUAAUUUUUAUUAUACAGAAAAUGUUGGACGCCUCAAGAAGCUGGAAUAUUUAAAUUUGGCCUUAAACAAUGUUGAAAUAAUUGAAAAUCUUGAAGGUAAGGGAAACAAUUUCAAAACAAAUUCCUUCCCUAAACAAAUAUUUUUAGUUUAUUAUUGUCUUUUUUUUACUUUCAAUUUAUGAGGACUGUUUCUACAGUUGUUAUAUAUAAAUGGAAAUAGCUAGUUGGACAGGAUCUUUAUAUAAUGCUAUAAUAUUGUUUCAUGAUUAUAGUUAUACUAUAUUAUUUUAUUGUAUUUCAGGUUGUGAAUCCUUGAAAAAGUUGGACCUCACUGUUAACUUUGUAGGAGAACUGACAUCUAUAGAGUCUUUAAAAGACUUAUACAAUUUCAGAGAGCUGUAAAUAUCAUUAUUCCUAUGGUUGUUGUAUUUGAUAUAUAAUUUGCUUCUUGUGUGGCUGCUUCCUUUUAACAACUGGCCGUCCCCCUACUCGACAUAUAUUAUACUUAUUGUAUUGAGUGAAAAAAGAAUAAAAGCUGUCAAGCAGUGAGCGCCAUGUGUGACGGUUAAACUCCGUUAAAAAGGUUGAUUUUUUUCAGAGGCAACUUUACAUUAAUCAAUAAAGAACCACAGAUAUGGUGUAGGACUCUCUGUAGGACUAUUUUUUAAAAGCUGGCAGGUAGGGUUUAGGACUGUCUGUAGGCCUAUUGUUCAAAUGCCGGGAGGUAGGGUGUAAGAACGUCUUAUAGACCUAUUUCUCAAAAUACACUGACCCAGUGUAAACCUCCACCCCCCCCCCCCCCUCCCCGUUAAGCCCUAUUAUUCUAAUGGUUUUAUUGCUUCUUUUUUUUUUUCAACCUCAGAUUUUUGACUGGAAAUCCAUGUUCAGAUUAUGAGCAUUACAGAGAGUUUGUGAUAGCUACUUUACCUCAGCUACAGGUAAAAUAUAAACAAAAUAGUUAUAAAUAGGCUCCGGGGAAUUAAGUAAAUCUGUAUUCAUUAAGAUUUUCAAUUAGAAAUUAAAAUGAUACUGGCAGUGUGAGAGUAAAUGUGAGCUUUGUAGAAUACUUAGGCAUAUAUAAUUUUUUUUAUAUAAGAGAUAUUUAUAAGACAUUAUUGCACAGAAUUAUUGCAUUGCCAAAGAACAUAUUACACCAUAUUAUUUUUUCUUAGCUGUUCAUUUAAUGAUCCUAUCCAAGCAUAGAAGACCAUUCUCAUUAAAACAAUAGAAUGCUGAUGUGGAAUAAAAAUUAUAUCUAUGAACUGUUGAUCGUGGGCUGUCACGUAACUGAUUCAGCUCAACCUAUGCCUAUUCAGAAGAGUUUUGAAUUUUUGCCAAAAUCAUUUUUUAUACUUAAUGUCAAAUGUGCAUACAAGUAUCAAUACUGAGAGUAUCACCAUAAAGUUUAGGUACUUAAACUUAUAUUUAACAGCUCCAUUCCCCUUAAAAAGAUUUAUAUCGAAAUGAACUUUUUAUUUUAGUGGCUUGAUGGAGUGGAAAUAGAGAAGUCUGAGAGGAUUAAAGCCAUUCAGGUAUUUCAAUUUCGUUUAAAAACCCUCACAAAUCAUGAAAUGAAAUUAAAAGAAAAAAAUGGAUUAAUAACAAAUAGGAUGAUUUUAAAAAGAACAAAACAACCCUUUAAAGCAUGAUUCCCUGUCAAAAAUUUAUUUUAAAUAUUCUUUCUACAGAAUCUGCCUUUCAUCAGAGGUAGUAUAUUACAACAGCAAGAGAGAUACAAGAAGAAAAGAGUAAGUUUAAUGAACAUGUCUUCAGGCAAAUUAAAUUCAUACUUUUUGAUUCAGCAUUGUCAAUUAAAACUGAUUGUCUGCUAACUUAAAUCUGCAAUAGCUAAUGAUCAAGCACCAUUCUAAUCUCUGUUGUAAUAUAAUUUUUAUGACUCGCCAAGAACUAGUUUUUUUAAUUUUCUGUUUCUAUAGAAAAACUCUACAAUAUGUUAGUAAAUCUUGUUUAUUUAUUUAACUUCUUUCAAUGCAAGUUUUAUUGAUCCAUGCUCAAUAGAUAGACCGAAAGUGAUUUUCUGAUUUUGGCCAAAACCGAAACCAGACCAAAAGUUAAAAAUGACUUUCAGCCGCAGCCAAAACCAAAAGCUUGAUGAGACUUUCACCUGAAACUGAAAGAACUACAUAUUUCAAAACUCGUUCGCGCAUACGUUUGGUGUAAAUCAAAGCUGAUGGAGGGAAGAAUCAAUAUUUAUAUUCCUUUUAUCAAAAAUUAGAUCAUCGUGAAUUAUAAUAGAUGAACGUCCAAUAAAUACUUUGGUUUUUGACAUUUGAAUUAAAAAUUAAUUUUAAGUUUAGAAAAUGUAUUUUAAAAUAACAUGGUGAGAUAAAAUUUUAAUUGCGGGGGGGGGGGGCAAAAUUCAUGCAAAAUAAAACCUUUGGUUCUCUUUGCUUUUGCAAUAUAAUUACAAUGCUACCUAAUCAUAUAAUUAGGUUAUUGAUAGAAAGCUUAGCCUAUGUAUUUUUUAUUGGCAUGGCCCAUUCAAAUGUUCAGACUUAAGCCUUGAAGGAACUCUUUGUUCUGCUAAACAUUUUUGUUGAAACUUGAUUUCUUAUUGUUCAACAUUUAAAUUGUUUGUUGAUCCAUCCAUCCCUGUGACUGUAACAAAAGGCUUUGGCCUGCCUCUCUAAAUCCUUCCACUCAGACCCAACUGAUGCUUUUAUUUUCCAUGCUUGGAUUCCUUGCUGCUGUAGAUCAUUUUCCACAUCAUGUUCCAUCUAAGCCUAGGUCUUUCCAUUUAUGUGCAAUUAUUAUUUAUCAACUAAUUUUAUAUUUGACCCAGAUUAAACAACAGUCGAAUGAAUGUUGAACUACAUUUAGUAUGAUAAUACAGUGGUAGACCUGGUUACACUGGAACUCCCAAUAUAGUACAAUAUAGUCUUAGAAUAGUACUUGACCAUCUCAAAAUUGUACAAUACGGUAUUGUAAUAGUAAAUAAAUAUACAGACAGUAGCAUACAGUAUGAGGUAUACAAUGACUAUUCGCAUCACAUGCCUAAUAAAGGUAAAUUAUCAAAGUAGAUGAAUGACAUUUAUAUAUAAUAAUGUACAGUGCAUCAUUGCAAAUAAAAAUGUGCCCCUUAUUUGCCACUUUGAUAGAUGAAGAUGUGGUGGGGAGUGGGGAAAAUGAGGACCCCUGUUGAAGUCACCCGAACAAAAUUCGGUUUGAGGAGGGGGGGCUGAGCCCCCUUGCCCAGAAUGUUUUUAUAAUUUCAAAAUGAAAGCUAUGCACUUUUGCAUAUACCUGAAUUAGUUUUGCAUCAUUCUAGAUUUAAUCUUAAUGCUUGUGAAAAAUUAACUCCCCCUUACCUAGCUUUGUUUACAUAAAUCCAUUUUAUUUUAGUAGUUAUUAAAUAGUAGUUUUUUAAAAUAAUUGAUUACUUAUUUCAAUCCAUUUUUAAUCUGUCAGUCCAAAAUGGAGGGCAGGAACACCGAAAUGGUGCAUAUCAGCAACAAAAACAUUGUAUAGAUUUACUAUAUGAAAAAUGUGCAUUUAUGCCACAAAUUAAAAUAAUCACUAUUUGAAUGAAGAAAUAAAUACAGCUGGGUUAGGGGGGGGGGGGGGGGGCACACCAUUUAACUUGUUGGGCUCCGGGGUUGCCCACCCCUGCAUGUAACCUAGGAGGCUUAUUUUAUUAUCCGUUAACAUAUUGUGGUCUAAAACUACUGGGAGGCUGCAUUGGGAGAAAGGAAGAGAAAUGAUGGAACAAAACUGGGUAUUAAAAUUGUACUUCUAAAAAUAUAUUUCAAAUGCCACUUUCUAGAUAUGAUUGAAUAUGUAAAAAAUCUAACGCUGUUAUGCCAAGCUGUUGAGAAUGCAUUAAAAAAACAACGUAGUUUUGAAAAAGGAGCGCCAAUGAUAUUCCAUUAAUGUAGCCAAAUUUGAAUGACAGAGUUGGAAGCUGAGACAUUCAUAUAAAACAUAUGCAAUAAAACCAAUAUUUUUUCACACCCCUCCCACACCCCUGUCCAUUUAUUACGUAAUUUUAUGUUUCGGCCGAAACUAAAAAUAAACUGAACAUUAACUCAUCUGUUUUGACUGAAACUGAAAAUAAACUGAAAGUUAACUUUUCUGUUUCAGUCAAAACUGAAACCAUGCCAAAGGUGAUCAAAAUAAUUAAUGGCAAAUUUCUGCUCCGAAACCGAAUCCGAAAUUCGGAUGGUCUCUAAUGCUCAACUUGAUUAAAUCGUUAAAAAGGUUGUCACAAUACUGUGGUCAUCAUGAUUUAUUAGGGAUUAAACUAUGCAUUGUAGAAACUUAAAUAUUUCAAAAGAAAAGCUAUUGGGAAACCUUUAAACAAUGAGUUGUAUGUAUUAUUAUUAUUUGGACUGUUUUCAGGCUAAAGAAAAAGCUGAAGCUCUUCUGAAGGUCAAAGAAAAAGAUGGUCAGGUUAUUGUUGAAAGUGACUGCAGCAAUAAGGAAAAUAAACCUGGAUUUGAUGGUCGCUGGUACACAGAUAUAAAUAAACGGUACGGGUAUUCAUUUUACUGUAGAAACCUUUUUUAAAAAUUUAAAACUCUCCUGGGAAAUCAUUCUUACUUGAAGUACUUUCCAAUGGAGUCUCAUGGCAUCUUUUCAGUGCCUAUACUGUAUUAAAAUUAAUAUAAAUAAAAUAGUUAACUAAAAAAAAGAAAAUAAUUAGGGAACAUGGUAAAAUUUCUUACCAUGAAUCUCAAAAACUUGGAUUGAAAAUAAUAGAAAAUAGAAUUAAUUUUUUGCCUCCCCCCAGAGACAGGCCAAGUGAAGACUUAAAUGAAGAGAAUGACAAAAAGGAAAAGUCUCAUGAAGAAAAAGUUGACGAGUAAGAGAUAAAACAUCUUUAGGUUUAUUAUAUCAAUUUUUAAAAUCCAACAUUGUCCACUUUUGGAGUCAGUUUCGUAAUCAAAUAUUAGGAGAAGCAUUAGAAGGAAUUAGAGGGAAUCAUUUUAAUUUAAAAAGAAAAACAGCUUGACCAUGACAUAACUAAUUGGUAUAUAAAUUAAUUUAUUUGCAAAAUUUAAGAAUGAGUAGAUAGAAUUUCCCUAUUAUGUUUAAGAGCAAUAUGAAAAACUUAUGCUUACUUGCUUAUUAUUUUGAUGAAUUUGUUGUUACAGAAAAAAAAAGAUGUGUCAUUAAUUAUGAAAUAAAAUGAAGUAGUGAUUGUAUUACUAUAAUAGAUGCUUGAAAUCUCUUCUUUUGCAAGCUUCUGGAAGCAGAAGACAUCAUACACCCCAGAGUCAAGGCUGGAAGUGCACAACCAUUUAAAGGAGCUCAAGGAAAAAGAAGAGAAGAAGUAAUUCACUUGAAAUGAUUUUUUUUUUCUUACCACAUUGUAUACCGAAUACAAAAAAUAUUUACUUAAAGUUUGAAGCAUUUAGUAUUAAAUAAUAUUCUUCCAAUUUAACAUAAUUUCUAUAUUUACAAACUUAUUUCACAUGAAUUAAAAACAACAACGCAUAAUAGAAGAUGCUUUCUGUCAGUGUUGAUCAAACAAGGGUGCACACAGUCUUUAACUGCUGGCUCUAAGGGAUUUUCAGUAAUUUCCUUAAUGCCAGUGUUACACAUAUUUCAGCCAUAAAAUAUGUAUUAAAAAAUGUCAUAGCCUUGAAAAUAAACCAUGCCAAUCAAACCAAAAAAGGAUAAAUGCACAAUUAAUAUUAAAGGGAAGCAGAAAAUGUAGCCCAAAACUCUUGCAUUGAACUAAAAUUUUGUUGAACGGUCAUCAGUUUCAGCACAUUCAUGAACCUUAAUUUUGUUAUUCAGGGAUGGAGCACAAGAAAAACCUCAGAGGAAAUUAUUUGCAGAUGAUGGACGCCCCUUUAAUAUUAAUGAGCCAAAGUAAGCCCUUGUUUGAAUUAUUAGUCUUUAAUUUAGUCUAGCUGACAGAUUAUUGUCUCACCAGAAAACAAUUUGAUUACCGGUACAUCUUGAUCAUUGAUUUUCUUUUUUGUGUAGUCAGGUGUUCAAUGUUGAUUUGUCAACUAUAAAGUUGGAAGAUAUUAAAAAGUUACUAUUUGUUUUCCACAUUAGAUUAAAUGUAUAAAAGUAAUUUUGACAUUGAAACAAUAUAAGUGACAAUAUGGACAUAUAGCUAGAGAUUAAUCCAUUAAAUAAUGGAUCAGAUUUUGAACAGGUUUUUAAAAAUAUGUUUUCAACAUCAUUUUAUUCCCCCAUUUCUUGUUAGGGUUGAUUUUUCUCUUACGGAAGAUCAUGAGAAUGUUUAUCUAGAUGUUGGAGUCUUUAAGUGAGUAAUUUCUAAAAAAAAAUAUUCUGUGCAGUGUGAAAGCUGUUUAAUAUUUAAAAAUCGAUCCUUAACCAUUAAAUGCUCUGGAGAUAUUUCAAAUACAAUACUGAAACAAAUAAAGAAUUGAUUUUGCUUUGCAAGGAGUCCAUGUCAAUGUGUUUGAGGUGUACUGUAAUAAUUAAUUCAUCCAAGUAAUAGUACAUUUAUGGAAAAUUUGUUAAUUUUGUUAGAAUUUGAACUCAUAAACAUAUGAUUUGUGCCUGCAAUAUUAAAGCUUAGAACAAAAGUAUUACAGUUACAGUAAAGCUAUCUAAGUCAGAUUUCUUUGUAUCCUCAUUCUCAGACAUAUGGACACUUCAUUAGUAGAUUGUGAUGUACAGCCAAGUUUUGUAAGGGUUACCUUGAAAGGCAAGGUGGGCAAGUAAACUUUGAAAUGAUCAACAAUUUGUCUAAGUGAAAUUCUGGGUGUUGGAAUAAUUUAAGACAAAGUCAACUACGUCACUUACAUGGCUGUUUAUAAUAUGUGUAAAAUGCUAGAAACAAUUUUUUUUUCUUUUUUAGUCUCAAUUUCGUUUACAGAUUUCUGGUCAUUUUCAGCUGCAUUCAUUAACAAUGAUAUUAUUAUUAUUUUAAAAAAUAUUGAUUUUAUAUGGGCUUCACCAAUGAAUUUAAAAGUAAAUCAUUUUUCUAUUUGUAUUUUAUUUUCAAAACAAAAUAAGCUUUGAUAUUUUUGGAAGUGAAAUACUUACAUUAAUAACUUGAUGUAUUUUUCCUUAAAAAAACAAACCUCAAACAUGACAGAUAUUACAACUGAGUCUCCCAGAGGAAGUGAAUGGUGACAGUAGUGUGGCCAAGCGGUCACAAACAACAGGUCAUCUCUUGAUCACAAUGCCAAAGGUUGCACUAUGGUUUUGUUUAUUAACUUAAUCUUGCAUUUACUUCUCCAGUUUACCAGUGUGAAUUAUAUUAUUCUUUUUAAAGUGCAUCAUAGAAAGAAUUAAGGCCAUGGUAAAGAGGUCUCACUGUAAAGUUUUAAUAGUGAAAGUAUUAUUUUCUCCAUAUAAUAACUGUUGAACAAUAAUAACAAGCAGGAAUAUUAAGACUCACAUUACAGCAUUACAGCAUUAUCGGUAGAUUCUCGUUUGGUUGAAAUCUGAUAAAACUUUAAGGCAUUUGUGUUUUACUAAUCCAGAUUAAACCAGUUCUGAAAUCAAAUCAACAAAAAGCUGACAAUAACAAAUCCAAGGAAAUAGAGGCCCCAAAGAUGGAUGGUCAGAAAAGGUAUUUUAGAGCCAUGUUUUAAAGUUUAAUUGCAGUCAUUUUUUAAUAUAAGUGUAUGAUAUCUUUAUGAUAAUAAUCUAUAAACAUUUUAAAAAAAUAUCCUCCUCUUACCAUUUUAAAUUUUGUUUGAUAACAAAUAAUUUAACAGAAUUUUAUUUAUCAAGUUUAAAGAACUGGUAAUUCCUUUUUUCUGAUUUAUUCAGCAAAAAUAUAUGUAUAUACGUUCUUUUAGCACAAUAGUGCGGGGCCAAUUUGAGAAAUUAAUAAGCCUGGUUAGUUAUUCAAAAUUUAAUUAUUAAUUUUCCCUUGUUAAGCAGCAAUUUCCUGGAGGUUGAUUCCAAUGCAAGGAAGACUGUUGAAGUUACAAGAAUUCAUUUAAUUAUUAAUUUUCCCUUGUUAAGCAGCAAUUUCCUGGAGGUUGAUUCCAAUGCAAGGAAGACUGUUGAUGUUACAAGAAUUGUUGCAGACAAUGAGGAAAAGAGGAUUUUAGCUGCACCUUUUGGCAGCCACACAAUAAAGAAGAAUUUACAAGAGCGCCCUAACAGUUUAGGAUUCCAGGAUGACCCUGAUGUCCCUCCAUUGUUGUGA